AUGUCCGGAUCCCAGUCCGAGUCCGCGUCCGAGUCCGCGUCCGUGUCGGGCCCUCCGGUGCCCUUCUCGUCGCUGCCUCUGUCGAAAGAGCCAGCGGCAGCGCGGCUCAACGCAUGGGGUGCGUACGGGGGUCGGGACGAACUGGGCUUCCUGAACCGGCAGACGGCGUCGACGGUGGCGGCGGCGGCGGCGUCGGAGAUCCGCAUGGGGGUGCGGGUGACGGUGGACGCGCCGCUGGACUUCCUGGGGACGAAGCCGCUGUUCGGGCGGCAGGCGUUUCACAAGGAAGUGUACCAGAAGGCGCCGCGGGUGGUGCACGACGACACGUGGAGCUUCAACACGCAGGGGUCGUCGCAGUGGGACGGCCUGCGCCACUUUGGCUACCAGGCCGCGCAGCGGUUCUACAACGACACGACGCUCGACGACAUCGCCGGCACCAGCGCCAGCGGGCAGACGAACCCGCACGUGCUGGGCAUCCACAACGCCGUCCAGCACGGCGGCAUCAUGGGCCGGGCCAUCCUGGUCGAUUUCCGCCGCUGGCUGGACGAAGGGCCCGGUAAGGAGAUUGUCAAGCGCGACGCUGAGGUGGGCUUCGACAACUUCCGCUCCAGCGCCAUCAAGCUCGACUGGAUCCUCCAGACGCUCAAGUGGCAGGACAACACGACGCCGCGGUUCGGCGACGUCUUGAUCGUCCGCUCCGGCUGGUUCCCCGCGUACCGCGCCCUGCUGGCCAACGACCCGGCCGAGCUGGACCGCAUCGCCAACAUGAAGCCGCCGGCCUUCGGCGGCGUCGAGCAGUCCGACGACGUGCUGCGCUGGAUCUGGGACCACUUCUCCGCCGUCGCCUCCGACCACCCGUCCUUCGAGCGCUGGCCCUCCCCCUUCGACUGGAGUCUGCACGAGGUCCUGCUGGCCGGCUGGGGCUGCAAUAUCGGCGAACUGCUCGACCUAGAGGCUCUCAGUCAGGAGUGUGUGCGCCAGAACCGCUGGUCUUUCUUCCUCGCUAGUGUGCCGUGCUAUGUGCCCGGCGGCGUCGCCAGUCCUGUGAACGGCGUCGCCAUUUUCUAG